AUGGAAAUCUUUACUUUGUGUCCUCUCGACAAGGUGCGCACUUCUAGGCUAUUCGAUCUCGACUACGGUAGCCGCCAGUGUGAAACCCUCUCUCCAGCAUCUUAUGGAGGUAGCAGGAAUAGUGAUGCAUGUGCUGACGGCGGCAACGAUGGUAGGCUUCCAGCCCCUACGUCCGUGACAACAUCUACUGCGUGCGGUAUCGGACAGGCAGCUUGUAUAAAUGCUCACUACUGCGCCUCCAACGUGGCUAUAGAGGAGGACCCAUUGGCCAUCAGACUUAUGACCUUCUGUGCAGACUCUCGACGCCUCAUUGUAGCUGGAAGUUUGCAUCUCUGCAUCUUUCAGUUUGCGCGUCGUGAAACCAACAUUGAGAUCCCAGUAUGCAACAGGUUUUGCAAAGUCAUUGCCUCUCCUGCAUCUUCUCUGGCAAAUCUUUCAUUUGAGAGUUUGUGCAUUGGGAGCCUCCUGGUGGCCAACAUUUGA